AUGGCCCAACUAUCCAUUGCCAAUCCCAUUAACAUCAUCUAUGAUGUGGAACAAUUGGAAGAAGAAUGGAUAGAAGAGGAGAAGAAAGGAAAACGGAGAAACAGAAGGAGAAAGAGGCAGCGAGAUCAGAGUGAAGAUUAUGCGCCUGUGAACAGUGAACCUGAAUCAGGAGUUGAAGAAAAUUCAAUAAUAGAGGACGCUGUAGAAAUGGAAGACAACGACGAAUCACAAGAUGACAGCGAAGAAUCAAAGUAUUGGGAAGACUCAGAAGAUGAGGAGUUCUCAGAAGUGCAAGAUGAGGAGGACGAGUAUGACUCAGAAGAAGAGGAUGAAGAGGACUCUGAGGAGGAUGAGGACGACUCUGAACAAGAUGAGGAGGAUGAGGAGGACUUAGAAGAAGAUGAGGAUGAUGUGGAGGAAUCAGAUCAAGAAGAAGACUCAGAACAAGAGGAAGAGGAUGAGAACUCAGAACAUAUCAGGCCUAAAGCUAAAGCUAAAGCUAAAGCUAAAACUCAGGCUCAAGAGUAUGUAUGGCGGAUUCCAGGGUUACCAAGGAAACGAAUUCCGGGACUACAGAAGAUGAAGCCGCCAAAACCGCAAGCGAAAAAAUGCCGCAAGAAGACGAAGGAGCAAAAGAGCCAAAUGAAACAGGCUCGGAAACAAGUCCACCAAAAGGUUACGAGGACUCAGUUCCAGCGAGGAGGAAACAGAUGGUGA